AAAUUAAUGGCUUCAGAGACAUAUAGAUUUUUAUUGGCGAUCGAUACGACCACUCAGAACUCAGAGACUGGAUCAGAACGGAUCAGUGUUCCGAAGAAAGUUCAGAGACUUGUGGCGAAGUAUAAGGAUGUGGUAAAGACGAAGAUCUUGAUCCUCCAUGGCAUAGAUGAGCAGCCUGGCGACUAUUUCAGCUCUAGUUACAUUAAGAAAAAUGACUCAGAGCUUGACUUUACUAGCAAUAGAGACCAAUUUUGGUUCAAAAUUGGUAUCUCAAUAGGAAGAAGAGUCAACACAAUUGUUUACACUGACCACUCCGACAAGGAACAGAUGAAAUAUAAGGAGGCAAUGAAAUUCAUUGUUUAUAAAGACCUUCACGAAUUCGAUAUUGAAACAGAUCCUUCCUUUGGAAGUCUAGAAAUGAAGAAUAAUCAAGAUGAACUGCAGGAUUUCGAUGAGACAACAUGCCCUAAAGUAAACAAUGCGCAUUUUAACAAAUGCUUUCCAGAAAGAAGCGAAUUAGAAGCCCUUCCUAAUUAUCGUGAGACUCAGCAAGAAAUACUGAUGAAAAUUAAUAAGCAAUUCCUAAAAGUUGAGUCCAUGGAAUUGAGUAAAUUUAUUAACUCUUGCAGUAACUUAAUCAAUCAGCACCUGAAUAGUUCGAGAGUGAAAAUGGAAGAAAUUACUAUCUUCAAAAACUCUAUGCUUGUGUCUGUUCUAGAGCAGCUAAUCUUUGACGGGAUCAUACAAUCAGAUGGCCUCAAUGCCUUGCUGAAAAACUUUAUCUAUACAACUCGUAACUUAGUAAACUCCUCUAUUGUAAGGAUCAACACCGAUGCUUUGUCGAGCAAAUAUGGAUGCUUGGCUACAGAUAUUCAAAAAUCUUUGGAGCCAAUGCAUUCAUAUUUGGUCGACAAAUCUCUGAACAUAACCUCAUCCUCAAGUGCUACAGAUUCCUCUCUAGAAGAGUCAAAAAUCUCAGAUUCAGGUGAACAGAUCCCCUCAACCCUAACUUUUAACCUAGAAAAAUACGGAUUCUCCCCAGAAGAAACAGAGGAAAUGUCAAACUUCAUUCUCUGAGCCUUCUACAGAAAGUACGAACAGAUGAACUAUGCAAACAUCAAGCGCACGACCAAGCUGAUCAACGCGCUGAACAAUUUUAUGGAGCAGACAUUCCAGAGUAAGAAGUUUAAAUCGAUGUUCUGUGAAAUUGAAGAACAAGAGGUCAAAGAGCUGUUUGUGAGAAAACUAGUAGGAGAAUUAGUCAAUAGAGGAGUCAUUACUAUUACUGAUAGUAAAGUUGAGCAUGAUGAAAUCAAGUACAGAGAGAACAGAGAGCUUUAUGAGAGCAUGUUUUAAAGAAUAAGAUAAAACAUGCUUGAAUUUUUGAGAAAUAAGGAACAUUUUAUGAGUCCGGUGACUCGAAGUUAUCUUAGCUAAAGGCAAGGUUUCUUACAGCUACAGUUUCAAUCCUGAAUAGGCAGCCUAUUCAGGAUUUAAAGUGCUAAAGAUAAUCCAGGAUCAUCAUUUAUCAUAUAGGGAGCUCAAAAAAUUUAUUCAUAGCCAAAAUAACUUCAAUCAUUACAGAUCUCAUAAUGUGUUCCUUAGUUCUCAAAAAUUUGAGCAUUAAUAACUUAUUCAAUAAUCAAUCAAAGCAUUCAUC